AUGGCGGCCAUAACCCGCCUCCUCAGACCCUCUUCCUCCGCCGCCGCCGGCUCCGCCUGUCUCUUCAGGAGAUCCCUGUCCACCGCCGCCGCGGCCGCCGAAUCGAGAUCGCAACCCACCCCUCCCCUUCGCGUGGAUCCCAAGGGCAGGAACGUCCAGUGGGUGUUCCUGGGCUGCCCCGGCGUCGGAAAAGGCACCUACGCGAGCCGGCUUUCGGGUCUGCUCGGCGUCCCGCACAUCGCCACCGGCGAUCUUGUCCGCGAGGAGCUGUCAUCGUCUGGACCUCUUUCCGAGCAGCUUGCAGACAUUGUGAAUCAAGGUAAGUUGGUAUCGGAUGAGAUCAUUAUAAAUUUGUUGUCAAAGAGGCUUGAGAAGGGAGAAUCCCAAGGAGAAUCGGGAUUUAUACUUGAUGGAUUUCCUCGCACGGUUAGACAAGCAGAAAUCUUGAACGAGGUGACGGACAUUGAUCUGGUGGUAAACCUCAAGCUCCCAGAAAAUGUACUGCUAGAAAAAUGCCUCGGGAGGAGGAUUUGCAGCCAAUGUGGGAAGAACUUCAAUGUGGCAUCCAUCAAUGUCAAGGGCGAAAACGGGAACCCUGACAUUGUUAUGGCUCCACUUCCUCCUCCUUCACAGUGUGUCUCGAAGCUCAUCACUCGAUCUGAUGAUACAGAGGCUAUUGUUAAAGAAAGACUUCGCAUAUAUACCGAAAAGAGUCAACCCGUUGAGGAUUUUUAUCGUGGCUUAGGGAAAUUGUUGGAAUUUGAUUUGCCUGGUGGUAUACCAGAAUCUUGGCCAAAACUGCUUGAAGCAUUGAAUCUGGACGAAAAUGAGGAGAAACAGUCGGCUACAGCAUGA